UAGUUCGGAAUGACAGUGAUUGUUCGACUACCGUAGUACUGUUAUAUUUCAGUUAUUUCCCAUUAAUUUACGAUAAAUUUUCGAUAGUUCAAUCACUAGGUCUACGUGACUUUUUGACUGGACACCAUGGCGGCAUCGAACAAUCCGUACAACAAGUUACUGAAAUCGUUGGACUUGGAAGGGAAGCGAUAUAAGUACUAUGAUCUGGCGCAGCUCGGAGAUAAGUAUGAUCGCCUCCCGUACAGCAUCCGUGUGCUCGUCGAGUCGUGCAUCCGUAACUGCGAUAACUUCCAAGUCCUGGAGAAGGAUGUCAAGAAUGUUCUCGAUUGGGAAACGAAUCAGAAUUCCGAGAGCGGGGUCGAGAUAGCAUUCAAACCGGCGAGGGUUAUUCUACAGGAUCUCACCGGCGUACCGGCUGUUGUGGACUUCGCAGCCAUGCGGGACGCGGUGCGUGAGUUGGGCGGUAAUCCCGACAAAAUCAACCCGAUUUGUCCCGCUGAUUUGGUCAUCGAUCACUCGGUGCAAGUCGAUUUUGCGAGAACACCUGAUGCCCUCAACAAGAACCAAGAAUUAGAAUUCGAGAGGAACCAGGAGAGGUUUCAAUUUCUAAAGUGGGGUGCUCAGGCGUUUAACAACAUGCUGAUAGUCCCGCCUGGUUCUGGGAUAGUCCACCAGGUUAAUUUGGAGUACCUAGCUCGUGUAGUGUUCACUGGCGAUCUCCUUCACCCGGACUCGGUGGUGGGAACAGACAGUCACACCACCAUGAUCAACGGUCUCGGUGUGGUGGGAUGGGGUGUUGGUGGCAUUGAAGCAGAGGCAGUCAUGCUUGGACAAGCGAUUAGUAUGCUGCUGCCGAAAGUGGUGGGCUACAAGCUCAUCGGGCAGUUGAACCCGCUGGUGACGUCGACGGACCUCGUUCUGACCAUCACUAAGCAUCUCCGCUCGUUGGGCGUGGUCGGUAAAUUCGUGGAGUUCUUCGGUCCGGGCGUGACGGCCCUCAGCAUAGCGGACCGGGCGACCGUCGCCAACAUGUGUCCGGAGUUCGGUGCCACGGUCGCGCACUUCCCGGUCGACGAACGGUCGUUGCAGUAUUUGAGUCAGACGAAUCGUUCAGCGGAAAAGAUAAAAAUUAUCGAAGCGUAUCUGAAAGCGACGAAGCAGUUUAGGGAUUACAGUAACUCGGCGCAGGAUCCCGUGUUUUCAGAGGUGGUAGAACUGGAUCUGUCAACGGUUGUGACGUCAGUCAGUGGCCCGAAACGGCCGCAAGACAGAGUGUCCGUCUCUGUUAUGAAGAAGGACUUCAACAAGUGUCUCAGUAACAAGGUUGGAUUCAAAGGUUACGGUCUGAGUCCAUCUCAGCUCUCGACCACGGGCAGCUUCUCGUUCAGCGACGGGAAGACGUAUACCAUCACCCAUGGCUCGGUGAUAAUCGCCGCGAUUACAUCGUGCACCAACACGUCCAACCCUAGCGUCAUGCUCGGAGCUGGUCUCCUUGCUAAGAAGGCAGUAGAGGCAGGUCUCAGCGUUCUGCCGUACAUCAAAACGUCCCUGUCUCCUGGUUCAGGAGUCGUCACCUACUACUUGAGGGAGUCAGGCGUUGUUCCGUAUCUGGAGAAACUGGGAUUCGACAUCGUCGGCUACGGUUGCAUGACGUGCAUCGGUAACUCGGGACCGAUUGACGACAACAUCGCGAACACAAUAGAGAAGAACGAACUGGUCUGCUGCGGCGUCCUCUCCGGGAACAGGAACUUCGAGGGUAGGAUCCAUCCGAACACUAGAGCGAAUUACCUGGCUUCGCCUCUGCUGGUCAUCGCUUACGCCUUGGCCGGGACCGUCGACAUCGAUUUCGAGAAGGAACCAUUAGGUAAACGCGCUGACGGUUCAUCUGUGUUCCUGAGAGACAUCUGGCCGACCAGGUCUGAAAUUCAGGAAGUCGAGAACAAAUACGUCAUACCUGGGAUGUUCAAAGAGGUAUAUGAAAAGAUCGAACAAGGUUCGCCAUCAUGGCAGGCGCUCGACGUGCCCAAGGGAAAGCUGUACUGCUGGGACCCCAACUCCACUUACAUCAAGAGGCCCCCAUUCUUCGAUGGAAUGACUAAGGAUCUCCCCCCCAUCAAGAGCAUACCGAACGCGCGCUGCUUGCUGCUGUUGGGAGAUUCGGUGACCACGGAUCACAUAUCGCCGGCCGGGUCGAUCGCGAGGAACUCCCCGGCCGCGAGACUCUUGGCUUCUAGGGGGCUCACCCCCCGCGAGUUCAACUCGUACGGCUCGCGGCGCGGCAACGACGCCGUGAUGUCGCGCGGCACGUUCGCCAACAUCCGCCUCGACAACCGCCUGGCGCCGCGCGCCGGCCCGCGCACCGCGCACCAGCCCAGCGGCGACCUCAUGGACAUCUUCGACGCCGCCGACCGAUACGCCAAAGAAAGCGUCCCCCUGAUCGCGAUCGUCGGCAAGGACUACGGCUCCGGCUCCAGCCGCGACUGGGCCGCCAAGGGGCCGUUCCUGUUGGGCAUACGAGCGGUGAUCGCGGAGUCGUUCGAACGCAUACAUCGUUCGAAUCUCGUGGGUAUGGGUAUAAUGCCCCUCCAGUUCCAGCCCGGGGAGAACGCGGACAGCCUCGGCCUGAACGGGACGGAGGUGUACACGAUCGACGUCCCGGCGGACCUGGUUCCGCACCAGGCGCUCACGGUUCGAGUCGACAACGGAAAGUCGUUCCGAGUGAUUGUACGCUUCGACACCGAAGUGGAUCUGACGUACUUCAGAAACGGAGGAAUCUUGAACUACAUGAUCAGGAAGAUGCUUUAAAUGUAAUCGGAUAAUGUAUUCGACUGCGGACCAGUGGCGUAGUUUUAAAUGGCAUGGGUGGCAGCGUUUGGCGUUAUAAGUAUGGUCGGGGCCACCUGGAGACCGGCACGCCCCCCUCCCUAAUUAUCAUUUGUAUUUAACUUUUACCGGGUAGUUAUUUAAUGUUUAUUAAUUUUUUUAAUUGAUUUGCAAGAUUGUAGCAGUUAUAUUAUUAGUUUGUUAAAUAAUGAACAAAACAAACGCGUAUUAAUUAAUUUAUUCUUUUGUUUUUGAAGCCCUAGUUAAAAGUGUAGACUGCGUCUGUUUUAUCUGUGGUAUGACUUAAAAUGCCAAUGGUUGUAGGCAGGAUGUACAACUUGGCUUAUUGUGCAGCCACAAGUGUAAUGGUCGGAUAUCGCUCGGUUCAACAUCGUUGUUUGAUAAAAUAUCAACGAACUACCAACAAAUGUUUCAUCUUAGUGGACAGCGUUACACAUCCAUUUGUCUCUUUCUCUCUGUAGUGGUUCGACAUUAGAAGGAAGGAGACAAAGUCUAUUCACGAGUCACAUACAAACCGACGCGCAAGUGACUCAAAUAUAUCAAAGUAAUUCUUCAUUCAUAACGCAAGACGCAAGAGCGAUUCGAGUUAAGAUUCGCCAUAUUCGAAUCCUUUGAUGUUUAAUUAGAAGCCGACGGAGCUCUGAUAGUUGACAUCUAUGUGCAAAUCGAAGAGUCUCCCGUGAAACUUCGCGAUUAUUCAAAAGAUUUUGUUGGGAAUUUCAAACCUGAUGACAGAUCUUGUUUUGAUUUCAUUCCAUUGUAAACUGCGAGUCACUCGUCUACAUUUGGCGCCAAAAUGAUGAAAUCAUAUUCGAACAAAAUUUUAACGUCCAAUAGUAUACGUUAGUUCAGUUAGAAUUGGAGUUUGUCGAUAACAGUUUACUUCAAUUUGUUUACGCUUAUCAUUCUUUUUCUUAUACUCUUUUCCGCUGUCUAAUAUUACGAUUUAGUAAAUUGCAAACAAGACUUCGCUUUUGACUGUUGUGUUAUAAAUAAAGAUAUACAAAUAGAGGCCGUUGGUGGUGCACAGUAUGGCAGAGGUGUUAGUGUGGCUCGUUAGGCCCGCUGUACACGCGGCGAGUCGCCGAGCGAAGUGUUGCCAUUAUGUAGCUGUCUGGGUCCCGACAGGUUGAGCGCGUGGGCUCCGCUGGGGAACAUGAACAGGGUCGACGCGAAGGCUGUGCUGGUUUUGUAACUAUAUAUCGGUGGACCGUUUGUUAUCUUAAUAUAUUUAAUACAUUAUAUUUUGAAUAAAUAUUUAUGGUGGAAAUUGUC